AUGAAAUGUGCAAAGAAAAAAUUUAAAUAUUUAAUUGAAGACGAUCGGAUUGACAUGGAAAAAGUAUAUCACAACAUUAGAUAUACUUUAGGUAUUUAAUUUGAUUAAGAUAGAAAUUACAUAAUAUGAAUAAAAUGAGUUGUAAAAAAUGUUUUUAGUAAUAAAAGAUAAAAUGCAAUGCCUAAAAAGUUAGAUUUGUACAAUUUAAAAAGAGGAAAGAGCAUUAAAAAGUGAAAAUGAUGAACUUUAAUAUUUAAUCAAGGAAAAAUAAUAAAUUCUGGGCGAACUAAAUUCUUUAAUUUAAAUUCUUGAAGUAACUUAAUAAAAUUUAUAAUUUGAUGGUGAUUCAUAAAUAAAUUUAACCCACAUUUUAUAAACUUAUACUCCUAGAAAACAAAAAGUAGGAAUGGAAAUACUUUUAAAUAUUUAGAUGGAAGAAUAACAAAUAUUACAAUUAAAAAGUUUGUUAUAAACUAUCUAGAAUAAAACUACAGCCCUAAACAUGAAUGAAUAAUUUUGGUCUUGCAUUCGAUGUAGCAAAAGAUUAUAGGAAGGUUAAAAUGAAUAAGUACUUUUUUUAUAUAAUUUUAGACUUGUAUUUAUCAUUCUGGCAAACUAAAAUAUUAUUCUUGUAGAACUUGUGGAGCAGAUGAAUAUUUCACUUGUUGUCAUCAAUGUCGAGAUUGUAACUCUGGUUGCAAAGUUGGUCUGCACAAACCAUGAA